AUGUCCCAAAACCCCAGCUAUUUUAAUAAUUUUCGAUGCAACUUUACAUUCCAAAGUCAUAUGCCUCUUCGUUAUCCUUUUCCACCCCCUACUCAUAUGCCACCUCCUGAAAUAUCAGAUAAAGAAUUUAUAAGAAAAUUUCAAGAUGCCAUGCCUCCAGCAAAACCAAAGCCAAAGGUGAAUAAAACGAAAAUAUGGAAAAUGAAGGCUGAUGUAAUCCGCCUUCUUGGAGCUCUCCAUGACAUCAAACUUCAAGAAGAAACAUUGUCGACAAAUCAUAGUUUGUCAGAUGAGGAGUGGCAGUCUGCUCUUCAAAAUAUAAAUGUCAAUAAAAAAGUUCUCAAAGAUACAAUCAUAAAAAUAUCCAAGUCUGGUUUAAAUAUUAGCAAGAAACUCGUCUGCAAGAGAAGGGCUAAAAGAUUGCGUUUGAAACGUAAGAAGGAAGAGAUGAAAGAAGAACGGAAGGAAUGGAUCAGACAGAAUAAAGAGAAUUCUCGAAAGAUUGAUGAAAAUUUACAGCAAAUAAAGGAUGCUAUACAGAAAGCCAAGCAGAAAGAAGAAGCGAAGUUUCAAGCCGACAUAGUUUUAAAGGAAGUGCUUAGGAAGAAACAUGAUGCUAAAAAGAGUAUCGUCAAACUCGAGGCUCUCGUGAAGCUCAGAAAAGCAAGAGAGAACACUGCUAAGGGAAAAGGGCAAAUUAUAUCUGAUACUGAGAGUACUACCUUUCAAGAAAAUGUGGACAGACUGAAGUAUCUAUGGGAACACAAAUUGGCAUCAUAUGAAAAGGAGGAAGUUGAAUUGCGUACAAAGCUUGACGAACAAAACGAGAUUGAUAAUGAAUCAGAGAUACAAGCAAGCAACAUGAUGAAAUGGCGAAAGGCAUUAUUUGGUGCAAAAGAUAACCCACAGGUCGACUUUAAUGGAGAUCUUGACCGUUUCAUCGGUGUGAGAGCCGAUUGGGACCAGUUCAUCGAUGAUGGUCCAGAAUCGACCCCUAUCCCCAUCGGCUGGGUGUUUCCUAAUGCGAAAACAUAAUUAGAUAUCAAUUAUGCUUAAACUGCAUUAUUUUGCAUAUAUUUUUUAAAAUUUUCUAUGUAUAAUCUGCAUUUAUGCUUAAAAUAAAAUUUCUAUAAUUAUUCGAUACAAUGGUUUUCCUUUUAAUAAAAGACAAAAUCA